AUGCCCAAGAUCGUGUGCCACGCAGGCACAGGACCCGACGACAACUGGGCGUACUGUCCAUCCUUCGCAGCCGCGAUUCUGUUCACGGUCCUCUUCGGCAUCACGACCUGCGCGCACAUUGUCCAGGCUGUCAUCUACCGCAAGCCCUUCGCCAUGGUCCUCAUCAUGGGCGCCCUGUGGGAAACGGGCGGCUACGUCGCGCGCAUCUUGUCGAUCGAGAACCAGCUGUCCAGCGGCAUCUACACGGCGCAGCUCCUGCUGAUCCUGCUCGCGCCGCUUUGGAUCAACGCGUACAUCUACAUGCUGCUGGGGCGGAUGAUCCACUUCUUCCUACCCGAGGGCAAUGACCGCGUGUUCCGCGUCCGGGCCCGCGCCAUCACGCGCAUGUUCGUCGCCUUUGACAUCACGGCCUUCCUGAUCCAGGCGACCGGCGGCACCAUGACGGGGCCGGGGGUGAGUGCCUCGGUCCAGCAGACGGGACUGAACAUCUACACCAGCGGCGUGGGCGUGCAGUUGUUCUUCCUCGUCAUCUUCGUCGCCCUGGCGAUCAGGUUCCAGCGCAAGGUCAAGCACCUCAAGCAAUACAGGCAGCGUCUCGUCUCGUCACGGCCUGCUUCCUACACCACCGACACCGAAGCACAAUACCAAUCUGUCCUUCUGCGUCCGUUGCCCUUGCGGACCGACUCCCCCAGCCCUACAACGACACCAGAAGACCUCGACAUACCCGACCUCGACCUCGCCACGCCCCUCCUCCGUCUUCUCUACAUCACCCUCGCGCUCAUCAUCCUCCGCAACAUCUACCGCCUCGUCGAGUUCGGCACGGGCAUAGACUCCCCGACCGUGACGCACGAGUGGUUCGCGUACGUCUUCGACGGCGUGCCCAUGUUCUUCGCCCUCUUGGUCCUGAACGUCUUCAACCCGGGAAAAUUCCUUCAGGGUUCCCGGAGCGAUUUCUCCGAGGAGGACAAGGCGAGGAAGCGGGAGAAGAGGGCGAAAAAGGAGAGGAAGAAGGACGACAAGAGGGCGGAAAAGGAGAUGAAGCGGAUGGCCAAGGUGGCGAAGAGGGAUGCGAAGAAUGGUGGCGGCGGAGCUGCGUACGAGGCCUUGGGGUGA